AAUUCUUUGGGACUCUGUGUGCAAUUGUGUGCACUGAGCAAUGGCCGAAUCUAGUGGUCCUCCGAAAGGACACCCGAAGCUGUGGGCAGUGAUCCUAACGGUGGUGGUUCUCAACAUGAUCGCGUUCGGCGUUACCACGGUCGAGGGCAAGCGUGCCUUCGCGAUCCGGAUGCGCAGCAAAAGCAACCACAACACGGGAGGCGCCCUGGGACGCAACUCGCGCAAGAACUAUCAUCACAUGCACCAGGAGGGAGUCGGAGGAAUGGUUCGUAACCCACCGGUACCCGACGUACAGCCUCCCCGGCCGAUCGGUUGGAGUGUGGACGGUGGCCACACAAAUAGCCACCCGAUUGGACCUCCUCCAGCAUAUCCUGGGCUCAGCCAUCACGCGGUGCCACCCGGUGGGGCUCCUCCGGCUUACUCGCACUCGAGGCUUCAUCCGCCCAGUUACGCGGAGGCCGUAGGACAUCCGCAUUCGUAUGCUGCGGCAGCACCGCUCGUCGCCCCACGGCACUACGACUACGGCCAUAACAGCGCCCUGUACGGAGACUCCAAUGCGAUCGGUUCAAGCUACGGUUCCAGCUACGGUUAUCAUCAGCGAGGUUCAAGCCCCUUCAGCAUGGGAAGCAUCCUAACGGGAGCCGCCCUCUGGCAUGUGGCCCAUGGAAUUGGUCAUCACCAUCAUCGUCAGCAUCAUCAUCACGGGGCUUCGGAACAUGGGAUCAAUUCCGAGGAACAUUACUACCACCACAACCACCAACAUCCGCACGGUGCCGACGGUGAAACGAGCACGCUGCCACCGGAAGUGGAGAAUCCGCACAUUCAGGUGAAUGCCAACUUCGACUUUGGACCAUCGCCAAACCCGCAGGAACCUCACGACACUACAACCAGCGAACCAACGCAACCAACAGCGAGCACCCAGACGUGAGCACUCAGCAUCCGGUUCCAAAUUAGUUCUGCGCCCUCAUUAGUACACCCUUUCACUACUACUCUUCCCUCCCUUUAUUCGGCGUUCCGCCGUCGGACGUUUCUGUAAUAUAUUCCUGUGUAUUUAUUGAGUUAAUGUUAAGGUACACGUCUUAAAAAGCAGUGCACCGCAGAGCAUUCGAUCCAGUGAUCGAGAGUGAGUGCAUAUAGAGACAGUAUCAGCAGUCAGCUUAGAUCCGCGCACCAUGGCCGCCCACUUGAGGUUCCCAUGGCUAGUUUGGGUAGUUGUGUUGUUUGCGAUCGAAACAGCGGUAGAAGGAUCCACGAUUAACCAUGAGGUGCUGGGAUCGAUUGGGAACAACUAUUGGGGUCUCUUUGGUAGACUACCGACUACGACACCGCCACACAUCACAUUGACGCUCGCUCCAUCGCUGCAGCAGCUCAAAAUGAUGCGCAAUUUGCGUCGAAGCCGACAUUUUCACGUAUCCCCGUACCGUACGCAGACGCAGGGCGAUCAGUGCGACGAUCA